ACCGAAUGAAGCAGAGACUUGCAUAAACAAACCUGAGGGUGAAGUAAAGUCCAGCAAAAACACUGUAGAACAAAAUGAAAAACAAGAAAAAACAAUGAGCAAGGUUGAUGAUGCUGGAGAUAUAUCACAGCAGAUUUCUGAGCUCACAAUGUCUGAUACAAAAGUGAAUAAACUGUCUGAUAAUGAAGAAAUUGCAAACGAUGAGACAAGUUCUUCUAAAAAACUUACCCAUAAAGAAAAGAAAAAGUUGAAAAAGAAAGAGGAAUAUGAAAAGCAAAUGGAAUCUCUCACUAAGAAGGGUGGACAAGGCCAUAGUACCUUAGAUAGCAACUUUACUGUUUCACAGGUAGAGAAAUCUGUUGGUCAAAAACUUGCAAUGGAAAAUGCUGUAGAUAUUAAAAUUGAAAAUUUCUCAAUAUCAGCAAAAGGAAAUGAUUUGUUUGUUAAUGCCAACUUAUUGAUUGCAAAUGGUAGAAGAUAUGGUCUAGUUGGUCCUAAUGGUCACGGUAAGACGACAUUAUUGCGCCAUAUAGCUGAGAGGGCCUUUGCAAUCCCGCCUAAUAUCGAUGUUUUAUAUUGCGAGCAGGAGGUUGUGGCUGAUGAUAAAACUGCAGUCGAGAGUGUUUUGCUUGCUGAUGUUAAACGGACAUCAUUAUUAAAUGAAUGCCGUGAACUAGAAAAACGGACGGAGGCAGGAGAUCUUGAAGCACAGGGCCGUUUAAAUGAGGUUUAUGAAGAACUCAAAGCGAUAGGAGCCGAUUCAGCUGAACCUCGCGCACGAAGGAUUCUUGCUGGUUUAGGAUUUUCAAGAGAAAUGCAGGAUCGAGCAACUAAAAAUUUCUCAGGAGGCUGGAGAAUGCGUGUUUCAUUGGCGAGAGCUUUAUAUUUGGAGCCCACUUUGCUUUUACUAGAUGAACCUACAAAUCAUUUGGAUUUAAAUGCUGUAAUCUGGCUUGAUAAUUAUUUGCAGGGAUGGAAGAAGACUUUGUUAGUCGUUUCUCAUGACCAAUCUUUCCUUGAUAAUGUCUGCAAUGAGAUCAUACACCUUGAUCAACAAAAACUGUUUUAUUAUAAGGGAAAUUACUCAAUGUUCAAAAAAAUGCAUGCUCAGAAGCGUAAAGAAAUGAUCAAAGAAUAUGAGAAACAAGAAAAACGCAUAAAGGAGCUGAAAUCACAUGGUUCUUCUAAAAAGCAGGCAGAAAAGAAGCAAAAAGAAGUUCUAACACGUAAACAGGAAAAGAAUAGAAGUAAAAUACAAAAAGCAGAAGAAGACAAUGGACCUACUGAACUACUUGCUCGACCAAAAGAAUAUAUUGUCAAAUUUAGUUUUCCGGAUCCUCCUCCUCUUCAACCACCCAUUUUAGGACUCUACAAUGUAGAUUUUGGAUAUGAGGGGCAAAAACCUUUAUUUGUUGGUGCAGAUUUUGGAAUAGAUUUAUCGAGUCGAGUGGCGAUUGUUGGGCCCAAUGGUGUAGGCAAAUCCACAUUCUUGAAGUUAUUGACUGGUGACAUCACACCAAUCAGAGGAGAAGUAAAACGCAACCAUAGACUGCGCAUCGGUCGUUUUGACCAGCAUUCUGGUGAGCACCUGACUGCGGAUGAAACGCCGGCCGAGUACCUGCAACGGCUGUUCGAUUUGCAACAUGAACGUGCAAGGCGAGCCCUCGGAUCUUUCGGUUUGAUUUCUCGUGCUCAUACUGUGUGCAUGAAGGAUCUCUCAGGAGGACAGAAGGCUAGAGUUGCAUUAGCUGAAUUAUGUCUUAAUGCGCCCGAUGUUCUCAUUUUGGAUGAACCUACGAAUAACCUUGAUAUUGAAUCAAUUGAUGCAUUGGCAGAAGCCAUAAAUGGAUAUAAAGGCGGAGUUAUUGUAGUUACGCACGACGAAAGACUUAUUAGAGAAACCGAUUGUGCCUUAUAUGUGAUAGAAGAUAGAACGAUAAAUGAGGUGGAUGGAGAUUUCGAUGACUAUAGAAAGGAAUUAUUAGAAAGUCUGGGUGAAGUAGUGAAUAAUCCAAGUAUUGCCGCUAAUGCAGCAGUAUCAUAAAAGAAUAUCACAAUAUACAUAAAUGCUGCAUAUUACUUCCAAUUCUAUUAUGUAUAUUGCGCUUUGUAAAUCAGAAGGAAUAAAGAAAUUCAUUAUCU